AUGUCUAAACGUAAAAACAACUCGGCUUCUGACGAUAACAAAAAGCAAAAAGUAGUCAGCAAAACGCAAAGUUCUCUUGCGUCCUGGGUGAAGCCUCAGCAAACGCGUACAGUUGUUAACUUGGAAACUUUAUUCAGUAAAACAGAUAAAAAAGUUAAAGAAGUAUUAAGUUUAGAGAUUGAAACUAUGAAUAGUGAGUGGUUAAAAGUUUUAAGUGGAGAAAUCCAGAAGAGUUACUUUAUAGAGCCGGAGAUUUAUAGUUGGUCGAGAUACACCCCACCAUCUUUGGUCAAGGUUGUUAUUAUAGGACAAGAUCCAUAUCACGAUGACGGACAAGCUCAUGGUUUAUGUUUUAGUGUGAAGAACGGUGUCCCGCCACCGCCAUCUUUGGUUAAUAUAUACAAAGCAUUGCAAAGAGAUAUUCCGUCAUUUCAGAUACCAAAACACGGUAAUCUUGUUAAUUGGGCUAAAGCCGGAGUCCUUCUAUUAAAUACUUCACUGACUGUACGAGCACAUAACGCGGCAAGUCACAGUAAUAAAGGAUGGGAGAAAUUUACCGAUGCUGUUAUACAAUAUCUGUCUGAGAAAAAGCAUAGAUUGGUGUUUAUGUUAUGGGGAAAUCAUGCUAUUAAGAAGGGAAAAAGUAUUAAUAAGGCAAAACAUCUAGUUCUGGAAUCUGUUCAUCCGUCGCCAUUGUCUGCUCAUCGUGGAUUUUUUGAAUGUCAUCAUUGGUCUAAAGCUAAUGAUUACUUGAAAAGUUUGGGUAAAGAAGAAAUUAAUUGGAAUAGUUUAGUAGAAACAACUAAUGAAGACUAG